AAAUUUCUCAAAUCCCCACAAGAAAUUUAAUACAGCUUACUGUUUAAAAACCCCCCAGGUUUUGCAGUUAUGCAAAAUCGAAGGAAAUUGACUCUGUGGACUCAUCUUCUUCUUAUUCUUCUUCUACUUGUCGCCUUACCUUAAUGACCGCGUCUCGCUUCACACGAACAAGGGUUUUGUCGGGUCUCUGUUAAUUUAGUCAAUUUUUGAUUAGUUUAAUCCCAAAAUCGAUUGUGCCCCCACUAAGCUGUCUACGACUACUACCCCACCUAAAGGGUCGACUUCUUCUUGCCUUCUUGCUUUGCUUUAACCUCUUUUUCUAUUCUUAUAUAUAUUUGGCUCUAUUCCUUGAGAUGCUACUUCAUUUUAUUGCAGUUUGAGGCUGACCCAUUUGACCCAUCUUCUUGAUUUCUUCAUUCAUCCGUGUUUGUUUGGGUUUGUGUUUUGAAGCUGAGAAAUGUUUCUGGUUGUUUAUUAUUUGUGUUUGAGUUUGUUGUGGGGGAAAUCGUGGGGAGCUCCGGCCAGCGAUGGCACCACGAGGGAGCUCGAUCAGACUCCGACGUGGGCUGUUGCUGGUGUUUGUGCUAUUAUCAUCCUUAUUUCUAUCGCCUUGGAGAAACUCCUUCAUAAAGCUGGAACGUGGCUCACGGAAAAGCACAAGAGAGCUCUCUUUGAAGCUCUGGAGAAAGUUAAAGCUGAGCUGAUGAUUCUGGGUUUCAUUUCUCUACUCCUCACCUUUGGACAGAACUACAUCAUUAAAAUCUGCAUUCCCACGAAGGUUGCAAAUACUAUGUUGCCAUGUGCUGCCAAAGAGGACAAAUUGGAGAAGGCAGAUGAGGGCGAACAUCAUCGACGACUACUAAUGUAUGAACGGAGGUUCCUGGCUGCUGCUGGUGGCGCUGUUAGUUGCAAAGAAGGUCAUGUGCCGCUUAUAUCUAUCUCGGGAUUGCAUCAGUUGCACUUGUUUAUCUUCUUCUUAGCCGUAUUUCAUGUGGUAUAUAGUGCCAUCACAAUGAUGCUUGGGAGGCUAAAGAUUCGAGGUUGGAAGGCAUGGGAGGAGGAGACCUCAACUCACAAUUACGAGUUCUCAAAUGAUAAUGCACGAUUCAGGCUUACUCACGAAACAUCAUUUGUGAAAGCCCACACGAGUUUUUGGACAAAACUUCCUGUCUUCUUUUAUAUUGGAUGCUUCUUCCGACAAUUUUUCAAGUCCGUUGGUAAGGCUGACUACCUGGCAUUACGAAAUGGAUUCAUCGCUGUUCACCUUGCUCCAGGAAGUAAAUUUGACUUUCAAAAAUAUAUCAAAAGGUCUCUAGAAGAUGACUUCAAAAUAAUUGUGGGAGUGAGUCCCGUGCUUUGGACAUCGUUUGUGGUCUUCUUGCUCAUAAAUGUUUACGGAUGGCAAGCAUUGUUUUGGACAUCCUUAGUCCCUGUGAUCAUAAUCCUGGCUGUUGGAACAAAGCUUCAAGGAAUUAUGACAAAGAUGGCUCUUGAAAUUACAGAAAGACAUGCUGUUGUCCAAGGAAUUCCUCUCGUUCAGGCAUCAGAUAAAUAUUUUUGGUUUGGCAAGCCUCAGCUGGUUCUUUACCUCAUCCACUUCGCUUUAUUUUCGAAUGCAUUCCAAAUAACAUACUUCUUCUGGAUUUGGUAUUCCUUUGGGUUAAAAUCCUGCUUCCAUACUGAUUUCAAGCUUGCAAUCAUUAAAGUUGGUUUCGGGGUUGGCGUUCUCUGUCUCUGCAGUUAUAUAACUCUUCCACUCUAUGCUCUUGUCACUCAGAUGGGUACUCGUAUGAAGAAGUCGAUCUUUGACGAACAAACAUCGAAGGCUCUUAAGAAAUGGCACAUGGCUGUUAAGAAGCGACAUGGGAAGUCCCCGACUCGAAAACUAGGGAGUCCAAGUGCGUCACCAAUUCAUCCAUCAGCAGGAUACACAUUGCAUCGUUUCAAGACGACAGGUCACUCAAACAGAUCAUCCAUGUAUGAUGAGAAUGAUGCAUCAGAUUAUGAAGUUGAUCCAUUGUCGCCUAAAGUCGAUACUCCAAAUUUUACGGUUAGAAUAGACCGUGCUGAUGAACAUCAAGCUGAAAUAAUUGAACCCCAGCAUACAGAGAAAAGGAAUGAAGACGAUUUCUCUUUUGUCAAACCUGGACCAACAAAAUGACCAUGAAAAAUCUCUUCGCUUGUGAUUAACUAUUGACUUAUGUAUAUUUUUGAGCUGGAUAAUUUUUCCAGUCUUUUCACACUUAGGAAACAGAAUGUAGCUCAUGAUUUGUAUAUUCUUGCGGUUGUUUAUAAAUUGUUGGGUGAUCAUUGUUCAAAA